GGUUGUUUAAUAUUUUACUUGCUUGUAAAAUGUGAUUAUCGUUAGUGAAUUGUGUCUAAUUUGUGUAAAUAAUAUAUUUCAUCACAAUGGGAGUUACCGGUCUUUGGAAAUUAGUGGAGCAGUCCGGUAAACCCGUUCCGUUGGAGACGCUGGAAAAUAAAGUUCUUGCUGUUGAUAUAUCCAUUUGGCUUCAUCAGGUGAUUAAAGGUUUCCAGGAUUCAAAGGGUAGCUCUUUGCCAAAUGCACACGUACUAGGUCUGUUUCAUAGGCUUUGUAAACUUAUGUAUUAUCGCGUGAAACCAGUAUUUGUCUUCGAUGGGGGCGUUCCGAUAUUGAAAAAACAAACUAUAAUCAAACGAAACCAGAGCAAAAGUAAAUUUCACAAUGAAGCCGAUCGAAUUCAGCAGCUUCUGCUUGAGACACUGGCCAAGGAAAAAGUUGUUCAACAAGCACUAGGUUCUGCUACUAGUUUGCUGGUUUCACCUACGAAGAAGGUUGGUAAUAGCAGUAAAGAGCAGGGUGAGCCCGAUGAAAUGUUCAAGCUACCCCCGCUUAAGGACGACUCGCCGUUCAAAAGCUCUGAUGAAGCGCAAACAAAUUUAGAUGACAGCACCAGUUCGUGGGACGAGAAAACCUCGAAGAACUACUAUCAUUUGAAUUUGAACGCAAUUGACGUAACCAGCGUUCAUUUUAAGAAUCUCCCAGCUGAUGUUCGUCACGAUAUUUUGACCGAUAUCAAGGAAACCCGAAAGGAAUCAUCCUGGGGACGGUUGCACGAGCUUCCCGUGGAAAGUAAUGAUUUCUCGUCGUUCCAAAUGAAACGAUUGCUGAAGCGUCGUACGGUUCAAGUUGAGCUCGAAGAAGCCGAAAAGGAAAUGGGUGGUAAAUGUCUUUCCUUGGCCGAGCUUGAAGCAUUGCUGUCCGAGGAAGGUGUUGAUACAUGCUCGGAUAGGGCAGCACAAAAGAUCGCUUCUGAUGAAAACACAAGGUUUCUGCUGGUCAGAGAUGUUCAGAAAGCAAUUGAAAAAGCUAAAGCCAGAGAAGAAGAGGACAAAAAUGCUCCGAAACCAGCAAAAUUGGCAAAGGUGGAGGAUAAAAAGUCCGAUGUACUUGAGAUUUUGGAUGACAAAGACAUGGAUGAAGAGCUACAGUUAGCUAUUAAGAUGUCUUUGAUGCAGGAUGAAGAUCCUAAUGUGAUGAUUGAUUUAGAACCGGAAGAAGUUCGAAUGUCUAAGCAACAGAAACAAGUUCUUGGAGGUGCCGCUUUGAGCUUGGCUCGAGGCUAUAUGUUGGAAUACGGCGGAAUGUCGAACGACGACAUUCGUGAAUUGUUGCAGCAAACACAGGACGUGGACUGUGGAGAUGUCGAACAUUCUUUUACGCAAAUGUAUGAACACAAAGAUACUUCUGUUGCACAGAACGAUAAAUUGCAGCAGGAUGACAAUGUGCAAGAAAUACUUCAGUCAUCUGAGACUGAAUCGGAUUCAGAUUUCAUCGACGUUCCAACAGAUGAUUUAGAUGAUUCUGCACCUGGAGUAAUACUACCACUAAACCCCAGUAACCACUUGAAACCUCUUUACAAUACGGUUGUAGACUUCACCUUGGAUGAUCUUAAGCUUAACAAAGACAAAAAUCAGGUAGUAGAAGUGAUCAUCGAUAAAAACAAAUUGGGUCAAAAGGAUGAAGAUGACAUCUUUGCUGAUGUAUUUGAAUCUACAUCAAAGGGUCGGACCAUCGAUAAACUAACCACCAUCACAUUGGAUGAAAAGCUGACGAGUUCAACAGCUCAGAAGUCACAAAGUAAAACCAUACCCGAAACCGUAGUUUGUGUAAAACCUGCCAUAAAAAUAAAGAAUGUAAAUGACAUAAACAAAGGGCUGAAGGAAGAGCUAGAGCGGCUUAAGAGUUGUCCAGCUGUGAUAGAUUUGGAUAAAAUUGAUGUAACGGACGUUCUGGAAGCACAAGCUCCGUCGGUAGAUGCACAAAAAACAGAAAUUACGAUACCAAAUAUAAAAAUAGAUGAAGAAAAAACGGAAUUCAACAAGCAACUGCAGGAAGAACGAAAUCUGCCAAAACCAAAUAAAGCUGAUGUGACCUUUUCGUCAUUAGAGGUCCACUCCAUUGUGUCUGAUGGUGAAGACAGCGAUGCCACUGUUGGUUACUCUCCAAUGAAAGAGGUACAGAAACUUGUGCAAGCAAGUGAGACAGGUAAUGCUCAAUUAUUGCAGAAGGCAAUAACUUCCAACGCCGAUCAAUCUGAUCCUGUUUACGGAACACCGAAAAAGGGUACGUUAGAACAGUUCGUGAAAUCCCGGACUCCUGGUAGUGACUCGAAAAAAUCGGAACCUGAAGAAGAUCUGCCUAAGGUACCCAAACCAUUCUUUGUAAAUAAAACUCCCACGUCUUCAUCUAAAAAACGGUCAAAUGAAUCGGAACGCAAUUCCAGUCCUUCAAAAUCCGCUCGUGUCUCAAAGGAAUUAUUUCCGGAACAGGAACCGAUUCCUUCGACAAGUAAAGCUCCCAUACCGCAAGCAACCGCAGUUUCAGCAGAAUGUUUGAUCACCGAAAUGGCAGACAGUUUAAAGGACAACAAAACUCCCCUGGAGUUAAAACGCAUGGCUUUAAACCUCGCUCAGGAGGAACGUGAGUUGGAAAAGGAAAAGAACCGUCAGAAUCGACUGGGAAAUUCGAUAACGGAACAAAUGCAGAACGAUUGCAUGGAACUGUUGAAACUCUUCGGGGUACCUUUUAUUGUGGCACCGAUGGAAGCGGAAGCACAGUGUGCAUUUUUGAACCAAAUCGAGAUUACGGAUGGAACCAUUACGGACGACAGUGAUAUCUGGUUGUUUGGCGGGAAGACCGUCUAUAAGAAUUUCUUUAAUCAACAAAAGCUCGUGCUGGAGUUUACUAUCGAAAACAUCGAAAGGUUGUUCCAGAUGGACCGCAAGAAAUUGAUUCAGUUGGCUUUACUGGUGGGCAGUGAUUAUACAACAGGAAUUCACGGUAUCGGAGCUGUGACGGCACUGGAAAUUCUUGCAUCGUUUCCAUCCACUCCAGAAAAGGAAGGCGAAACGAGUGAAAUAAUGUCCUUGCUUUCGGGUUUGCGUAAGUUCCGUGAAUGGUGGAAUCACGGACGUAACAGUUCCACCGGAACGCGAAUUACGCUCAAGUCGAAGCUGAAAAACAUAGAGUUUUCGGAAGGCUUUCCUAGUUCUGGCGUAGUUGAAGCAUACCUCUACCCGACGGUCGAUGGAAGUAAGGAGGGUUUGUCUUGGGGUUACCCUGAUGUGGAACGAUUGCUCGAUUUUGCUAAGCAGAAGUUCGGAUGGGCAAGUUCAAAGACAAAUGAUAUUCUCAAUCCCGUGUUGAAGCGACUAGAUGAGCGAAAAUCGCAAGCAUCAAUAAAGAAUUAUUUUAAGGUUCAGAGUGCGGUUGCCUACAAUCAGGUGAAGGUUAGCAAACGUGUUCAACAAGCAGUUGAUGUAAUGGCUGGUAAAGCACCAGCAGAACCGACGAAAAGUCCUAAGAAACGCCCUUCCAGAAAAAAGAAAGCUAAUGAUGUAAUAGUAGUUGAAGAUUUGACUUCAGAGAGCAAAGAAGUCCAAAACGAGGAAGCAAAUCUAAUUGAACCGAUGAAACCAAGAGGUCGAAAGCCGACUGCUGGUAGAGGAAAGAAAACGGCAUCGAAGGCACAGUCUAGCAUCGACACAGAUAAACCUUCCACAUCCCUAUCCAACAUAUCCGGAAUAAUUGCUAACAUCAACGAUCAAUCGGCGGAACAACUUGGCGAGAGCAUUGUGAAGAACAAAAAAUUAGCAGCGAAAAACAAGAUACCGGAUUUCAAUCCAGCUAUUACGCAACGUUUGAAAGACCAAGAAGAGAUGGCUAACCGGAAGCAACGUGCCAUCGAACUAUUUCGUAAGACUCACGCCGAUUCAAAAAGCAAGAAAUCACGAAGGUAAGUUGGUAGUAGUGAUAGCUGUAUACAAGAAACGCACUAAUAGUGUA